GGGGCCGCUGCGGGGCGAACCGCGCUGAGGGGAGGAGGCGCCGCCCCGCCAUUUUCUCGCCUCACAGCAUGGGGUGCGCGGGCCGCUGUGAGGGAGACGGGUGAGGAGCCCGAGGAGCUGGAAAGGGCCUUUAGCGGAGUGAGGGGCUCCUCCCGGGGUAGGUGCCAUAGGUCGUCCCUUUUUCCCUUGAGGACGGCGGAGAAGAAGCUGAAGGAGCGAGGCCGUGCCCGCCUCUCGGCUCCCCUCCACCUGACAGUGGCCGUGGCCCUGGACGGCUGUCGCGGCUCUCCUCGCCCUUCCCCUUCUGGAAGGGGAAGGUGCCCCUCAACACGCAGCCCCUCACACACCCUCACACGGUGAGCGGCCAUUUUGUGGCACUCUGCUGCGGCCCCCGAGGUGUCCCCCAAGGAGGUGUUUACCCCUACGUUGUCAAAAGCAGAAGUUGGUGGAUUCUGCUCUGUAGUGCUUCUUUCAGAUCAGAAAAAUAACAGCCCCACAUGAGAACAUCUGAAUUUGUCAUCCCAGUUUUCCAGCUAAAACAAACUUCUUAUGCAAAGGAACAUGUAAAUCAGCAGAUAAAUUUGUAUUCUUCAAAAAUCACGGAAAAAAGGAAUGAAAUUGCUAGACUGCAGGAAAAUAUAAAUAACUGCAAUGAUGCAAUUGCUGAUUUACGCAAGCAAAAUGAGAAUAGUAAGGACAGCUGUAACGCCUGGAAGCCCACGUAUGCAAUUCUUAGCAAGCAUGAAGAAUAUUUGAAGAAUGAACUUGAAGUUUUACAAGAAGCUACAGAAAAUGAGAGGAAAAUGUAUCAAGAUUACAUAAUCCAGUAUAAAGAGACUCUGAAGCAACACCGUGAAAAAUAUGCAGAAAGUGCCCUUGCACAGGAAUAUUACAAAAAAAAGAAAGAGCUUGAGGAAAUCCAGAACAGAAUUCAGAAACGGUCUGAACAAUAUAAAUUGAAAGAAGAUGCUGACUUGGACAUUCUUGAGCCUGCUCCUUUUAAAUCUAUUAAUGACUGGGCUUUAUAUAUCGCUUCUUUGAGGCAAAAAACACAGGAAAUGUUAAAGCUUGCUGAAACUGCUACGCAAGAAUCAAUUGAACUAGAAAAAGAAGCAGACGAAUUAGAAAUGAAAAUUAAUUAUUUAAAAAAAACAUUUGAAGAGACCAUAGAAGAUGGAAAUAAUUCAGAAAUGAUUGAAGGAAAAAAUCUGAAAAGUCUUGAGAAACCAAAGGAAUUUAAAGAAAGGAUAUUUGAAGAGAGUGAACAUCCUUCUUUGUUACAUGAGAAACAUCAACUGUACAAACCAUUACAACUCCCAUGCAUUCCUCGGAAAUCAGUCCAGUCUUUACAGACUACUAGGUUCUCUAUGCUGCAAACAGAAACAGGGAGAGAAGAAAAGGAAAAUCCUAUGGAACAAUCAGUUGCUACUAGCAGUUCUUCCAGCCAUGCAGAAAAUCCAUCACAGAUGGUUAUUGGCACUGCUACGACUACUAAUCUACAAGUUGCCCAAGUUCCAUCCAUAGCAAGUUUCCAAAGCCAAACACAGUUCAGACUUCUACGGCCUCCAAAGCAAGUGACUACUAAUCAACAAUUUGAGAGUGAAAAAAGUGUGAUAGAAGACCAAGAAGCCAAAUGUGAUGAUAAAGAAGCAGGAGAUGAGCCUAAGGAUUCUUCUUACAUAUCUCAAGACAUACGCACGUAUUUUAAGACAAAUGAGAAUAAUCCUGACACAGCAGCAGAAGGUACAGAACGUUUUCUAAGAGCACCUGAAACACCGGAGUUUGUUGGAACACCCAACUCAAAGGGGAAGAAAAGCCAGUUUUCUAAAACACCUCCAUUUGACUUCAUUCACAACAUGGGUUGUGAAGAAGCAACAUCAAAAUCUCCUGCUUUCUUUUCUCUUCUGGGCAUCACCCAGAAGUCACCUGGAUUUAAUUUGUUUGAUUCUUCUGUAUUUGGGGCAGAAAAUUCAUCUGAUGAGAUUGAUGAAAGUUAUUCUGUGGGAAACUUGAAUCCUAUGUCACCACAUAAAGAUUUUGGAAGCUUAUUUGGGAAAUCAGAAAGUGAGGAUACGUUUGCCUUUCCCUUCCCCUUGGAAUCAACUUCUCGUGCUUUUGGAGAUGGCAAAGAUGACUUCAGUUUUCCAUUUACGUUUGGACAAGAUCAGAGAUCAUCGCAGUCUCCUUCUGUGAAAGGUUUUCAUUCUUCCUUGCAAAAUACGAAGCCAUCUACAUUCUUUUGAAUACCUUUGACUUCCUUUUAAAUUCUUUUCCUACUUAGCCUUGACAAAUGUUUCCAUUUUCAUAAGUUAAAGUACAAAGCAUUUCACCUUCUUCUUUCAUUUCACUUAAGAUCACAUUAUUGCAAUUGCUGCAAGAGCAUGUGUACAUUCAUCAAGUGCAUGCUUUGAGAUGCAGCUUUAUUUUUCUUAUUUAUUUUCUAAAUACGUUGUUUUCAUAAAAUGUUAUGAUAUGUUCUACCUAGACUGUCUCUUAGAAGCAGAAGAAAUGCCAUUUUAAGAUGGUAUGUGGAAUAAUUAUUUCAUUAUAUGUGAGAGCAUCCAAACUUCUAAAUGACUACUUAUAAUCUCUGACUUAAGCGUUAGUAAAAGUAACUGUUUAUUGCUCUGGACAAAGCUGAAUUUGAGUUACUGUUCUUAAACUGGUUAUCUGUUAUAAAAUUCUUGAAAUAAACAUUUUCAUUAAUUUUA